AUGAGCAUUUCGGGUUCGGUGAGUCUCUUUGCAGGGACAAUUCUGUACAGGAAGAUGAGUGUGCCUGCAGACUUCGGCAAGCGAGUUUAUCAAGGAGUGCGAGUCAAGCACACGGUCAAGGAUCUGCUCGCGGAAAAGCGGUCAAGACAGACAAGCAGCUCACGGUUCAAUGGCAGUGUCACAACCACACAGUCAUCAUUUCUCCCACUCUCAGGUUCCCCAGCUGUGUCCGGCUACUAUGGAGUUCGCAGGUCCUUGAUGGCAGAUAUGGAUUUACAAAGCAAUAAGCAGAUCUCCAGUGAAGUCUACUCACCCUCUUUCCUAGCAAAGCCCUUUGCGUACGAAUCACACGGGGUUCAAGGAUACCCUUCUUUGCUGGACACCUACUUCAGCGAUCAAUAUGGGGACCACCGUGUCACACCGGUCACCUCUGGCGCUGCGUCCCUCUUUGGCUCCUCACCAUUGUCUUCGGUCGUGCCAUCUUUCCCUAGUGAUUCUGCACAUUUUUUAAGUGAACAAGCCCAGCCGGAUAGCUUGGGCCAGCCAGACAUCUGUUCCGACUCUCUGCAAGCAUCUUCUUCCGCUGGCUGCCUUUCCUCGCAUGAGCCAGGAGGGUCUUCCCAGUACAGAAAUCCCAGCUGGAAUUCUCCUCUUCCUGGAGCUCAGUCCUUCUCCUUGCACGCUCUUGAAGACGUCCACUAUACGUCCGGCUACUCCACUGCCUCCCCGUACCCUUUCUCAUCUUUUAUGACUGUGGCCAACGACCUCACACCCAAGAUGCUUCACGUCUCUUCAGAGGAGCCUGCAGAUACAACUGCUCUCCACGACAGCAGCUCCCUCUGGCCAAAGGACGACGGGAGCUCUCUUUGGGGGCCGUACGAAUGUCGAAGAGCUUACUGAGCAAAAGAGACUGGCGACAGAAGGACAAAAACAAAGCCACUUUGUGAAAAACAAGCGAAUCCUAAAACUCCCAAUUCAGGCUCUGGCACUGGGACGCAAACCGACGCUUACCUUGCACACAGAAAACUCACAGGGAGAAAACUGCGAACUUUGCUUACCAAAUGUUUUGAAUCAUCCAUAUUACAAUUAUUCUUUCUGUAUGAAGAGGAAGCUCCCUUCCAAGGGGGCUAUGAUCAACGGAUAACCUUAACUCAGGACAAAUCAACGAGCUUGUCUUACUUGGGAAAGAUGACCAUCAAUACCCCUCCCCAGAUGUAGCACAGCCUCCGUGACCCCAGCAGAGAAUGGGCAAUCUAAAGCAGAGGCAGGCAGAGCCCAGACCAACUUAAUUCAGGAAGUUAAUAGUUUCCAGCUGAUCCGAAGGCCAAUCUCGCCGCCCCAUGGCCCUUAGGAAAUCAGGAAAGUUCCACAGAUGCCCAGAAUGUUGGAGAAGUAGAAAUUUCUCUCCUGACCCACUGAAAAUACAUUAUUUUAAAAACGGGAGCUGGGGGAGUCUUUCCCUGAAAUUGACAGGCUGCAGGUUUAAGACACACACAAAAAGGAUGUACACUGUCACCCUCCGGAACUCACUGUUACAU